AUGAAAAGAAGUAGUGACAGUAAAAAAUCAAAAUAUGAUAGCGAAGAAGAUUCUGAGAAAAUGAGUGAAGAUUAUGACGAAAGAAAUAGUGAAGAAGAAGACGUUCCUAGAACUAGAGAAGGAUAUAUUGCACAUGAUGGAUUUAUUGCAUCAGAUGAUGAAGAAAUUGAAGAAGAAGUUCCAGAAGAAGAUGCAUAUGAGGAAGAUGAAGAAGAGAAAGAAAGAAGAAGAAUUGAACGAGAGAAAAGGAAACUUGAAAAACAACAUAAAAAAGAAGAAGCAAAAAAGAAAAAAAGAAAGUUAAUUAAAGAAGACGAUGAUGAUGAUGAAAUGGAAAGUGGGAAUGAACAAGUAAUGGACGAAGAAAUAGAAGAUGUUGGUGAAGAUGAAGAGAUGACAAGCAGAUAUCUUGAAUGUUUGGAACCUGCUGAUAAGGAAAAAAUGAAAAGAACACAAAGGAUUGAAACUAUAUAUAAAACUGAUUGUCCUGAACGAUUAUAUGACAGAAAGUCAGUAUUAAAUAAAUAUAACGAAGAAAUAGAUGAUCAAGAAUGGAAUAGAAGAAUUAGAGAAGAAGUAGAAUGGCUUGAUGGAAAAUUAAGAUAUAUGAUUCAAUUAGAAGCAGAAGACUUAAUGGGAGUAAUAAGAAAAAUAUUAGAAUUAAUGUAUAAGUAUCAUCAUGAAUUAAUGUAUAUUUAUACUUAUGAUAGGGAUUGGUAUUAUCCAUACAUAUCAAGGGAUUAUUCUAAAAUUGAUAGUUAUCAAGUAUUAGAUAUGUUAUGGAUGAUUUGGAAUUAUGAUGAAGAGUAUUCUCUUUUUUGUAAAGAAAAAGAGAAAGUAAAAGAGGGAUUAAAAGAAAUUCCUGAAGAAAGAAGAGCACUAUAUUCUGUAGAAUUAGAUAGUGUGAUUGAAUUACCAGAUUUGAAAUUGAUUUCUGAUGACUUUUUGUUAAGAUAUAGGAAAGAUCAGUUUGAUCCUUUAAAACAAAUUUCAAAAGGAAAAAAGUCAUAUCAAAUUCUUAUUCAAAAGAACUUUAAAGAAAUGUUGGAUGGUUUUGGAUUAACUGCUGAUGAAUUGGCUCAAAACAUUAAAUCAAAUUUUAAGAAAACUAUUCCUAGAAUGUGCCCUGAAAUUCCACAAGCAAUUGCUGCACGAAUGGUUAGUCCAGAAUUUCCUGAACCUAAAAACAUAAUGAGCGGAGCUAAAAUGAUUUUUGCAACAGAGUUUGCAUAUAAUUGGUAUGUAAGAAAGUUCUUCUUUGAAGAAGGAUUAAAAGAUGCAGAAUUAAGUACUGAUCCAACACCAAAAGGAGAUGAGGUUAUUAAUGUAUUUCAUAAAUAUGCAAUAAUUAAAAGAUUAAGAAGAAAACCAAUUGGAUUAAUGAGAGGAAAGACAGACAUAUUAAAUAUAUUUAAUGCUGUAAAUGAAGGACUUCUUACUAUGACAAUUGAAAUACCUCAAAAUAUUAUAGAAAAUGCAUCAACGUUAUUAGUUGGUGGUGAUGAUUUAGAAGAAUGGAGAAAAUAUAAAAAAGAAACACUUGAAUUUGCAUUUAAAUAUUUUAUUACUCCAUAUGUUGUUGAACAACUUAAAAUUGAAUUAAGAAAAGAAGCAGUUGAUUGUUUAAUUCAUGAAGCUCAAUACAAUUUAAAAAGAAGAAUUGAUGUAGCACAACAUUUUGCAUUAGGAAAAUAUAGUAAAGAUAUUGAUAAUAUUUCAGCAUUAGAAAAGAAAUUUGUUGGAGGAAUUGUUUUUAGUAAAGAAGGAAUGAUGGGAGUUAAAGUAAAUGCAAUGACUGGAGAAUUUAUUGAAGGAAAAUAUUUUGGAAAGAAUAAUAGUAAAUAUGGAGAAUAUGAAGAAGAAUUAAAGAAAUUUUUUGGUAGAGAUACGUUAGUUGUUGGUAUUGAAGCAAAUACUCAAAGAUAUGUUUCUGUUACAGCUACAAUGAAAAAUAACUCUGAAAUAGAAUGUGUUGGAAUUAAUAAAGAUUUAGGUAGAAUUUAUAAAAAAGAAACAAAAGGUGAAAUGUCAGAAUUAGAAUUUGCAGGCGCUUGUGUUUGUAGACAACUUAUUAAUCCAAUAGCAGAAUUUGUUCAUAUUUGUUGUACAAAAGAGAAAAUGCUUAGUAUUAAAUUACAUUGGUUACAAAAUACAUUAAAUGAAAGUGAACAAAAUAAAAUGUUUUCAGCACUAAAUGAAACAUUAAUAACUAUAAUCAAUUCAAAAGGAGUAGACAUUAAUCAAUGUAUUGAAUAUCCUCAUAUGGAGAAAAUGUUGGACUAUGUUAAUGGAUUAGGGCCAAUAAGAACUGAUUAUAUUUUCAGUCAUUUUAGACAAUAUGACUUCAAAGUUACAUCAAGAAAAUUCUUAAAUGAGACAUUUAAAACUGAUAAAUUAGAAACUGUAGUUGAUAAUUGUAUUGGAUUUAUUAUUAUUUCACCUAAAUAUUCAUCAAAGAACUUGUAUUUAGAUCAAACAAGAAUUCAUUUUUCAAGAUAUGGAUUAGCAGAAACUAUAGUAGAUGAUGCGUUCACUGGAAAAAGACCAAUAGAUGAUUUUACAAAGAAAGUAAUGUCAUUAACAAGAGAAGACUAUAAUAGACUCGACUUAGAAGGGUAUGGAAGAGAAAAUGGAGAGAAAGGACAUAGCAUAUACAUUUGUAUAAUGGAUAUUGUUAAUGAAUUAAUUGAACCAUUCAAAUAUCAACAAGCAUCAUUAGCAGAAGCAAUGAUGAAAGACGAAGAGAUCUUUGAGAGUGUUACAAACUCAUCUAUUCAAGAAUUUAAGAAGAACCAAUUGAUUGAAUUUGUAUUAAAACCAGGAAGUAGAGAAAGAAAGAAAGGAUAUAUUAGUGAUGAUUUAGAAGUUUCAAUUGAAGACUCUAUUAAUUUGAAUGGAGUAGAGAGUGGAACAACAAUUACAGGAAAGAUCAUGACAGUUGAUUAUGGAAAGUGUAUUAUUGAUGUAAGAUGUGGAAAUGAUGUAGUAAAUGACUACCAAUAUUUAGAAAAUGAAUAUCGUCAAUUACAAGAGAAAGAAAAAUAUUUAGAAGUAUAUCCACGUGAGUAUGAACAUGAAAAAAGAGAAGAGGUUAAUAGAAAAGAUUAUGGAGAUGUAGAUUUGAGAGGGUUUGAAAUAGUUUCAGUUUCUAAAGCAAGAUCAGAUGUUCAACAAGGAUCAAUAGGAGAUUAUAAGAUAGUACCAGUUUCAGAAGAAGGAGUAUUUAAAGGGAAAUUAUUACUUGUAUGGAAAUGGACACCAAGCGUUAUAUUAAAUAUUGAAUGUAAAGAAGAGAGUGAAAGAUAUGGAAGAAAUAUGAGAAUUAGCUUUAUUAAAGAAAGAAAAGACUUUGGGAAUGUAAGGUCACUUGAACGAUAUAUCAGAUUAAUUAAUGGAUAUUUAGCAGAUCUCCGAAAACACAGAAGAUAUAAUGCUGAUGAUAAUCUUGUUGAUUCAGCAUUAUCUAAGUUAAAAGCAUCACAACCAAAUGUAUUCAAUUAUUUCUUGAGUGUUUCUAAACAACAAAUUGGCAAAAUAAGAAUUAGUUUUAUUCCAGGAACAAAAACAGUUUCAAGUCAAUUUGUUAGAUUAGGAGAGGAUGGGUUUAAAUGGAAUGGAAAGACAUUUAAUACUACCGAUAAGUUAGUUGAAGAAUUUAAAACAGAAGUAACUAAAAUUCUACAGAAAAAACAAUAA